AUGAAUAUAUUCAAUCAGCGUAAAAUAACCAUGCGCUUGGUCACUGCAUUCGUCAACUGCAGCAUACUCUGUUCGUUGCUCACUUCUGCUACUGUGCUACCUCACACUCAUGUUCUCCACGAGAAACGAGAGGUCCCGUUUGCGGAAAGCAUUGAUCGACAACGUAUUGAACCGGACGCCAUCCUGCCAAUCCGAAUUGGCUUGAACACCAACGGAGAUGCGACUCGCCUGGCAGAGCAAUGGAUCAUGGCCGUAUCCGAUCCUGCAUCAGCGGAUUAUGGCCGUCACUGGACGCAGGACCAAGUCACCGAGGCCUUCCAACCCACCGAGCAGACUGUCAAUACAGUCAAGGCGUGGCUUGAGGAACACGGCAUCAAUAGAUACACACACAGCACCAAUAAGCAAUGGAUCGCUUUCGAUACAACUGCCGCCAAAGCCGAAGAGUUGCUGCAGACCAAUUUCUUCGAACAUCAGCACUCGUCCGGCCGAACGCUUGCUUCUUGUGACAGCUACCACCUCCCAGACAGCGUCUCCGCGGUGGUAGACUACAUCACUCCAGGCGUCAAAGCAAGUGAUGUAACUGGUCGCACGAGGCGCAGUCGCCAACGGAGACACGAGACUGUCGGGGAACAAGCAGUUCAGAGAAGAGACCCAACUAGCGACAACGAGUUUCCUUUCCCGCCAGAUCCUACCGAUCUGUCCCGUUGCGAUUAA